UCCCCAUUUUGGUCUUCCUUCUAAUUUAGACCUCUGUUUCCCAAUAAUUCACAGCUCGAUCCUCUCUGCGCAAAUGUUCCGUUUCCGGAGCUGAUCAUUGGCUUUCAUGUAAAUGAAUUUGACCAUGGGCAUCUACUCCUCUUUCUAGGGUUUCAUUCGUGCUCAUUUAUUGCCCAAUUUGUGGUAUUUGUUGAAUUUUGGGGAGUCUAUGAUCUAGUGAUUCUAGUCGAUGAGGAAAUAAUAAAGGCGUCUCCUUUAUUGUUUUCUUCUCCAAUUCUGCCUAGAAUCAGAUGAGAAGGCGCCCCCUUCCAUCAAAUUCCCGGGAGGAGAUGGAGAAAUCCAAUGGAAAACCCCCUCGAUCUCGCAUUUGCUUUCUCGCAAUGCUCGCUGCCAUGUUUUGGCUGUUGAUCUUUUACUUCCAUUUCACUGUUCUUAGUGUAAAGGCCCCUGAACCCCAGAAGCCCGUGAUCCCUUUCUCUUCGGUCCCAUCUGAGACCCAACAUUUCUCGAAAGAGAGCGAAUCUAUUAACCCGGUUCAGUAUUUCGACCCGCCCCGCUCCAAGAACAACUAUACCCCACUGAAACCGUCCAAUGACCAUCACGAUACCCAUCAAGAAUCCGUCCCUCAAGAGGCCAAGAAGGAUUUUCCCUUCUUGCGGGCGCUUAAGACCGCGGAGAAUAAAGCCGAUCCUUGUGGUGGGAGGUACAUCUAUGUCCAUGAUCUACCGUCGCGAUUCAACGAGGACAUGCUUAGAGAUUGUAGGAAACUUAGUCUCUGGACCAAUAUGUGCAAGUUCACCACCAAUGCAGGCCUCGGUCCUCCGCUUGAGAAUGUAGAAGGGGUGUUUUCUAACACUGGUUGGUAUGCCACCAACCAGUUCGCUGUGGAUGUUAUCUUUAGCAACCGGAUGAAGCAGUAUGAGUGCUUGACUAAGGACUCGUCUAUUGCAGCUGCGGUCUUCGUGCCAUUCUAUGCUGGGUUUGAUAUAGCUCGGUAUCUUUGGGGGUACAAUAUCUCGACGAGGGAUGCGGCUUCUCUUGAUUUGGUGGAUUGGCUUAUGAAGAGACCCGAAUGGAAUGUGAUGGGUGGAAGGGACCAUUUCUUGGUUGCAGGGAGGAUUACGUGGGACUUUAGGAGGCUGACUGAUACCGAGACGGAUUGGGGGAACAAGCUCUUGUUCUUGCCUGCUGCCAAGAAUAUGUCUAUGUUAGUGGUGGAGUCAAGCCCUUGGAAUGCGAAUGAUUUUGGGAUACCAUACCCGACUUAUUUUCAUCCAGCGAAGGACGAUGAUGUGUUCGUUUGGCAGGAGAGGAUGAGGAAACUGGAGCGGAAGUGGCUUUUCUCGUUUGCUGGGGCUCCUCGCCCUGAUAACCCAAAAUCUAUCAGAGGGCAGAUUAUAGAUCAGUGCAGGAAGUCUCCGGUUGGUAAGCUUUUGGAGUGUGAUUUUGGGGAGAGUAAGUGCCACUCUCCAAGCAGUAUAAUGCAGAUGUUUCAGAGUUCUUUGUUCUGCUUGCAACCUCAGGGGGAUUCCUACACAAGGAGAUCUGCUUUUGAUUCAAUGUUGGCCGGCUGCAUACCUGUGUUCUUUCACCCAGGUUCGGCAUACACUCAGUAUACUUGGCAUCUCCCCAAAAACUUUUCAAAAUAUUCGGUGUUUAUUCCUGAGGAUGAUAUUCGAAAGAAGGGUUUGAGCAUAGAGGAGAGGUUGAAGCAAAUUCCUUCUCAUGUUGUGCAGGAGAUGAGGGAGGAGGUCAUAAGCCUCAUACCCAGGCUUAUAUAUGCUGAUCCUAGGUCUAAGUUGGAGACUCUUAAAGAUGCCUUUGAUGUUUCAGUACAAGCAAUUAUUGACAAAGUUACAAAGCUCAGAAAGGAGAUAAUUGAAGAUCGUGAAGACAAGGAUUUCAUCGAGGAGAAUAGUUGGAAGUAUGCUUUAUUAGAGGAGGGCCAGAAGGUUGGGGCACAUGAAUGGGAUCCUUUCUUUUCAAAACCGAAGGAUGCGAACAAUGCAGAUUCUGGUAGCUCAUCUGCUGAAGCUGCAAAGAAUUCUUGGAAAAAUGAACAGCGACCUCAGUCUUGAAUGUCAUGUGAGUUUCGUGUAGAGGAGGAACAUUCUAGCAUCAGUAUGACCACUUCAUUUCAGCAAAAAAUUGAAGUUACCGGGAACCAAGAACCAAGCACCUCAUGUAGAGAUAUGUAGCUACUGCAAGCAAAUUACACCAAUGAAGAUCAAAUGCACAAGUUUCAAGGAAGUUAUAAUCUUGACCGUCAACCAUUUUGGAGCUUAGUUGAGGAUACCAAGUUGCAAAUAUAUUGUCUACGACAUUGUUGUAGAGGUAGACAUACAAUUUUCCUUACAUAUGUUUAAUUUUUUUACAGUUUAGGUAUCCUGUUCAUUUGAAUAGGGGGCUUGCUUAAUAAAUUUUUACAUUGUGCUCUUGUCAUACAUUCUUUCCAGAAAGAUAUAGAUAAUGUUAUAGUACCUGUGUUUUGUCCUUUUAA